CCGACUGUCGCUUGGCGGCUGUGUGACUCCCCUCCCUCCGGGAUUGACAGGUGUCGGGCGGCCGGGGGAGGUUGCUGACUAAGCCGGGUCGGUCGGAGGCGGCGGCUGCGCGAGGCCUGAGGGCGCCGCCGGCAACAGCGCUCCUGGUCCAUGGGGAACGUGGCGAGCCACAGCAGCGAGAUGGGGGAGGAGGCGGCCGAGGAGGAGAUGGAAGGGACGGCGGCAGCCGAGCAGCCCGGGGCUGCCUCCUGGGCUGGGCUGGGCCCGCACCCUCCGCUGCCGCCGGCCACGGUGCUGCUGGAGCAGGCCCGGCUGCGGGAGGCCACGGCCCGGCUGCGGGAGGCCGCCCUGCCCGAGUCGCUGGUGUCCCGCCGCCACAGCACCCUGGUGCGCUGGCUGGAGGAGCGGCUGGGCCGCGGCGAGGAGGCCGUCAGCCUGGAGCAGUUCUGCGAGGUGCUGGAGAGCCGCGCCUCGGGGCCGGCGGCCGGGGCCCGCAGCGAGAGCGAGGAGGCCUUUGCACAGUUUGAUGCUGAGGGAGAUGGCACUGUGGAUGUGGAGAACAUGCUGGAGGCCCUCAAGAACUCCAGUGGAGCCAAUCUUCAAGGGGAACUUAGUCAUGUAAUCAGACAGCUGCAGGCUUGCUCUCUUGUUCCAGGUUUUAUUGACAUAUUUUCUGAAUCGAAAGAGCACCUUGGUCUUCAUGCUUCAAUGAUACUGAGAUUCUUGCAUCGGAACCGCAUUUCCAGUACUGUCAUCCCAUACCCAGUGUUGGAGUACUUCAAUAAUAUUUGUACUAUGCGGUCUUCAGUACUGAAGGAUUCUUUAGAUAGGCUUCUACUAAAAGAAAAGGAAUGCCCUAAUGAUCUGAAUGGUAACCAAGAAAUGGACAAACUCAAAAUUGUCACAAAGUGCUAUAUUCACAUAGAAAGCUCAUCAAACUCUGCUGACAUUGACAAGAUGACGAAUGGAGAAACCUCAUCCUUCUGGCAGUCAGAUGGGAGUGCUCGCUCACAUUGGAUACGUUUAAAGAUGAAACCAGAUGUUGUUCUGAGACAUCUGUCCAUUGCAGUGGCAGCUAAUGACCAGAGUUAUAUGCCGCAGCAGGUUACGGUAGCAGUUGGAAGGAAUGCCAACAGUCUCCGGGAGGUCCGAGAUGUUCACAUUCCCAGCAAUAUCACUGGCUACGUGACAUUGUUGGAAAACGCUAACAUUAGUCAGAUGUAUGUACAGAUAAACAUCAAGCGUUGCCUUAGUGAUGGAUGUGAUACUAGAAUACAUGGGCUCAGGGCUGUUGGCUGUCAAAGAGUUAAGAAAGUUGGCAUCUCAGUGUGUGAUGCUUCAGCUAUCUGGUACUGGUCUUUGCUGACCUCAUUGGUAACGGCUUCCAUGGAAACCAAUCCAGCAUUUGUUCACACUAUCCUACAAAAUACUCAGAAGGCAUUGCAGCACAUGCCGCCACUGUCUUUGACGUCGGGUUCUACAGACUUCUCAAGUUUCUUAUCUCCCAAUGUUUUGGAGGAAGUAGAUAGUUUUCUUAUAAGAAUAACCAGUUGUUGUGCCACUCCAGAGGUUGAACUUACAUUGUUGGCUUUUGCCCUAGCCAGAGGGAGUGUUGCUAAAGUGAUAAGUUCACUUUGUACUAUCGCUGAUCAUCUGGACACGCUAUACAAGGCUUCUUCACUCAUCUCUUCCAUGGCAACUGUUAGACGAAACCUGCUUUAUAAAUACGGAAAGUCGCUACAGCUGACCCUUCAGGCAUGUGACGUAAAAGGAAAGGAAGAUAAAUCAGGGCCUGAAAACCUCCUGGUUGAGCCAUGGACAGGGGAUGGUUUCCUUACUGAGACUGGAAAGACCAGAGCAAGUAUCAUUCUUUCUGCAGGAACUGAAUCUACAUUCCAGGUGACACAAAUUAAAAUAAAGGUUCGGAAAGGUGCUAUUGGAGCCCAGUGUGGGUUGGUGUUUGCUUAUAACAGCUCUUCAGAAAAAUUUCAUGCAGAGGAACAUUUUAAAAAAUUUGAAAGCUAUGACAAGUGGAAGCUACAAGAAUUCAGGCAAUUUUUAAAAAACAGAAAUGAUUGUUCAUGUGAUGAGCUGGGAGAGGAUGAUCCUGUUGGCUGGUUUGAGGUGGAAGAAGAUUGGGAUGAAGUGGCUAUCAAAAUGCAGCAGUGCAGAAUUUCCCAAUAUUUAAUGGUGAAGUUCUUGUGCACAAGGCAAGACACAGCAGAGCGCCUAGGAGUUCAAGGCCUGAAUGUUCUGGGGUAUCUUCGGCCUGUGGUAGGGGAGCCCAACAGAAGCAUGAACUGUCUGAAAUGCAAAGCAACAGAUGACGGCAUUUGUGGAACAACCCUUCUCCUGAAGACGCUUCAUUUCAUCCAACAAGUUGCACAGGACCUGGUUCAUCAAAAAGAAAGUGGAUUAAAGUACAGAUCAUUCUUGGACUUCACAGGCCUUGACUUGCAGCUUUUCUGGAAUUUUUACAAUAAACUACACCAAAACCCAAGGGAAGAGUGUCUCUCUGCCCAGACUGUGCUACUGCAGCUUCUUCAAAGCUGCUUCUCUGUACUUACUGGAAACAAUAAAUCUAUUAAAUCUCAGGAAGUUUCUCAAAGCAAAACUUCUGGCCAAACAGAAGCUGCAGUACAGCUCUACAAGCAUUUGUGUGAAGUAGUGGACAUGAGUGAUAGCAACUUCACACCCAUGACAACGCUAAAGCAGGAAGUUAAGAACACAUUGCUCAACGGAGCAGCUAUCUUUUUCCCAGAUAGACAGACCAGACAGGACCAGCUCUUCGCCAUGAUGAAAAACAUCACAGAACAGGAACAUAAGCAAUCUGUGCAUCUCACCUUCAGAUCCCUGUGUAUAUACUUCAGUGAUCAGGAUCCAGGUGGACUUUUAUUGUUGCCAGAUAAGGAAGUUUCUGAGGACUUUGACAUCAGCCAAGUGCUGUCAGUCAUGGAUACCCUUCUGUUGGUGGCGGCGAGAGAGUGUGAAAUGAUGAUGCUGGAUGUUGCCCAGCAGGAGAGUGGCACAGUACUGUCAUCCUUAUUCUGGUCUGUACAGGGAAGCCUCCUUUCAUGGUGCUACGUACAACUUAAGGGCAAUGAUAAUACAGCCAAGAGUCUUGCCAUAGAAAUACUUAAAAAAUAUGUGGGCCAGUUCCUGUCAAAUAUCAGAACAAUUUUAGAAUCACUUUUGUCCCAAUACAAUGGAAAAUAUAUAGUAGAAAAAUUAAGUAACUCUGUUUUUGCCAUGGCAACUCGUCAACUGGUGACUUUCUUGUUGGAUUUCUGCACUUUAGACAUUCCACACUGUACCCUACUUCAGGGUUUCAGUACCCUGACACAACUGCUGAAGAACCUUUGUAGUGAACCUGGAGAAAGUCUUAAUAAGGUGGCCAUGGAAAGCUGGCAGCAAGAACAACCCGUGGUGCUGCGAACAUGGACAAUGGAAUCUCCUCACAACUAUGAAAAUAAUUGCCAUGAGGUCUCCGUCUUCCUUUGUCCUGGGACAACUUACUUUGAGGUGGAAUUUGAUGAAAAAUGUGAAACAGAAAGGAGAUAUGAUUACCUGGAGUUUACUGAUGCCAGAGGUGCAAAAACUCGUUAUGAUACAAAGGUUGGCACUGAGAAGUGGCCCAAGAAAGUGACCUUUCAGGCUGGCCCACGGCUGCAGUUUCUCUUUCACUCUGACAGCAGUAAUAAUGAGUGGGGCUACAAGUUCUCCAUCACUGCUUAUGGCCUACCCGAUGUCGCAGUUACUUGGGGCUUGGAUUUGCAACUUCUUGUGUCCAGGUUGAUGGGGCGCUUGGCUUCGCGGAGUAUGGCACUGAAAUCCCAACUGGACCUAGGUAGUGAAGCAGAGUUGCCUCCUUCAAAAGUGACAUCAGUUCUUAAUUCUCCUUUAUGGAAACCUGUCUUCAGGCAUCAGAUGUGUCCUGAGGCGACUUUGGAAGCAAAUGAACCCAGACAAGUGCACCAAAAUAAAAAAGAGAUGAAGAACUCUCAUGUAGAUGACUGCCGUAACUUUCUUCUCGACUUUGCAAAAUCAGAUCCUUCCCAGGAUUUUUGUGGGCAAAAUUCUGAGCUUUUCAAAGGACUUAUACAGGCAUGUAAAAAACAGGCCCCAAAGACAGAUAUAGUUGCUGGUUCCACUGUUGAUCAAGCUGUGAACGCCACAUUUGCUGCUUUGGUGUAUCUCACUCCAGAUUUAUACGGGAAGCUACAAAAAUAUGUCAUCAGUGGAGGCAAGAUGCCUCUGAAUGAAGAGUUUGCACAAGUAUAUUCUUUGGCUGAUGGGAUUAGAAUAUGGAUGUUAGAAAUGAAGCAGAAGUUCCUGAUGGGUAAAGGAAAUGAUACAGCAGAGAAACAGAAUGUAGAAAUAAGUGAAGUGAACCCAGAAAUCCUUGCAAAACACUGUAUUCAGAAGAGCUUAUUGUUGUUAAAAUUUUUGCCUGUGAGAGCAAAGGCAAAAGAUCUUGCUUCUGAUAACUGGGUUGCUUCAGAAGUAGAGGAUGUCCAACAGUACCACGAUGGUAAACGUCAAAGGACUAGUUCUAUCGUAGAAGCCGAUUUUCAAGCAGCAAACUCAUUGUCUUCGAAUGGAGUAACUCAUCCUGCUUCUGCAGAAAGGGGUCGAGUGGUAGACUCUGACACAAAGAUUAAGCAAGUGCCAGACCCACCCCAAUCCGAAGUAGCCUCUGAAUCUCAAAGUAAGCUCCUUGAAAAUACAGUUUCACAGCAAGAGGACACAGCAUCUCCUCCCUCCACUCCAACUCGCAAAUCUCAGUUCAGCCGUGGAAGACUAAGGCUGUUAUCUUUUAGAUCAAUAGAAGAGCCUAAAUCAGUGCCCACUGUGAAGGAGAAAUAUCCUGUACUGAAAAAUAUAUUAGACUUUAUUAAGGAUCAAUCACUUUCUCAUGAAAGUAUUUUAAAGGUCCUUGUUUUGAGAAAAGCUCAAGCCCAAAGUAUCCUAGAAGUGCUGAAGACAAUCCGCCAGUGUUUAGAAUCUCUUGGGCAGCCUCACUGUUUCCAUCCACCCUGUGUACUCUUUCUCUUGGAACUUCUGGCCUGCCAGAAAGAUUUUACAAAUUAUUUUGGACACUUGGAAGGUUGUGGUGCCGAACUGCACAAAGAAAUUCGGGAGUCCUACUAUCAGCUUGUUCUCUUUUUGGUCAGUGCCGUGAAGGGAUUUAACAGCAUUAAUGACAGAUCAUUGCUCCCUGCCUUAUCCUGCGUGCAGACAUCCCUCCUUCACCUCUUGGAUAUGAGCUGGGAACCAAGUGAUCUUUCCUUUUUUGUUGAUAUACAGUUACCACUUCUCCUUAUGACUAUGUCACAAGAAAACAUAAGUGUUCAUGACAGUGUGAUUUGUCAGUGGAGUGAAGAAGAUGAAAUUGCAGACUACAAGCAAAACUCCGAGUGGAUGGAUGAAUGUCAGGAUGUAAUGUUUGAGACCUGGUAUGAAAAGAUAGCCCAAGCUGAUCCAGAGAAGCAGAGAAAGAUGCACAUGUUUGUUGCUCGUUACUGUGACCUAUUGAAUGUGGACAUAUCAUGUGAUGGUUGUGAUGAGAUUGCACCCUGGCAUCGCUACCGUUGUUUGCAGUGCAAUGACAUGGAUCUAUGUAAAACUUGUUUCCUAGGUGGCGUUAAACCUAAAGGUCAUGAGGAUGACCAUGAAAUGGUUAACAUGGAAUAUGCCUGUGAUCAUUGCCAAGGGGUUAUUAUAGGUCGCCGGAUGAACUGCAAUGUGUGUGAUGACUUUGAUCUUUGCUAUGGGUGUUAUUCUGCAAAGAAAUACUCUGACAGUCACCUUCCCACGCACAGCAUCACAAUAUAUCCGAUGGUGACCAUUCGAAUCAGUGACCGACAGAGACUCAUCCAGCCUUAUAUCCACAACUAUUCUUGGCUACUGUUUGCUGCCUUGACUCUCUACUGUGCAGACUUGGCAAGUGGGGAUGAAGUAGGAGAGAAACUUGAUUCGCAGAUUCUCAGUCAUGCUAGAGUUCUGCAACAUCAAUGUAUACAGCUCAUUGGAGACUGCCUGAUGAAAGCACAGCAUGGAAAAGGUUUGAAAGCUUUAGCUUUCCUCUGCAUGUUGCCAGAAGGUGAAUCUUUCUCAGGGAAUGAGACCACUUCUGUGAGCCCUCCAAAAGGUGGCGCUAUAGAGGGCCAUGCUGGUGAUAAAGCAGCCAACAGAAUGAAUAAAAAGCCAAGGACAGGCUCUUUUGUAUAUUGCAAUGGGAAAGGAGAUGUUUGUGAUGAAAUUCAGUCUUCUAUAGAAAAACAAGAUAGCCAAAGCAAUCCUCCUAGUGCUCCUUUAUCAAAGAAAGAUGUUUUGAGCCAGGAUUCAGAGACACUGACUCUUAAUUCUGUAGAUGAUAGCAUAUCUUCACAUCUUCCAGAUGUUGAAAAUUCAGAAGAUUCAUCCCAAAAGCAGGCAGAGAAGGCUCUAAUGCCUAGCCAGGAGCAAGUCUUUGCUGAAUGCUCUCAGAAGAGGAUUCUUGGCUUGCUGGCAGCUAUGUUACCACCUUUCAGAUCUGGAUGCACAAUGUCUUUGAUUAACGUGGAACAGAUCCUCCCACUGAUGUUUCAGGUUGUAAUCUCCAAUGCUGGCCACUUAAAUGAAACCUAUCAUUUAACCCUGGGUCUUCUGGGCCAGUUAAUUCUGAGACUUAUGCCUGCAGAAGUCGAUGCUGCAGUGACAAAGGUCCUUUCAGCCAAACACAGCCUGUUUGCAGCAGGAGAUGGGUCUACAGUGCCAGAAGGCUGGAAGACUACUCAUCUUUUGUUCAGUCUGGGAGCUGUAUGCUUAGACAGCCGCAUAGGUCUGGACUGGGCAUGCUCCAUGGCGGAUAUUCUUCGAGCUUUGAACUCCUCUGCACAGUGGCAUAGUGUGAUUGCAGCUUUCACAGACCAUUGUAUUAAGCAGCUGCCCUUCCAGUUAAAACACACCAAUAUCUUCACCUUAUUGGUACUUGUUGGAUUUCCAGAGGUGCUGUGUAUGGGAACUCGCUCCGUGUACAUGGAUAAUGCCAAUGAGCCUCAUAAUGUUAUCAUCCUAAAGCACUUUACUGAGAAAAACAGGGCGGUUGUUGUAGACAUCAAAACCCGGAAAAGGAAAACAGUAAAAGACUACCAGUUGGCUCAGAAAUGUGAACAAGAGAGCACUGAAUCCCAAACCCAGCUGAGACAGUAUCUCCAGCAUUUUGCUUUUAUAACCAGCCACCUUUUGCAGACCAGCAUGGACAGUAGCUAUGCAGAGGCAGUGGAAGCCACCUGGGUCUUGUCUCUUGCUCUGAAAGGAUUGUACAGAACACUUAAGACUUAUCGUUUUGAGGAAAUCCAAGCAGCCUUUCUUCAGUCGGGCUUACUUAAGCUGCUGGUGAAGAAGUGCAGCAAAGGAACUGGUUUCAGUAAGACAUGGCUUCUCAGAGACUUGGAAGUUUUGUCAAUAAUGCUGUACUCCUCAAAGAAGGAGAUCAGCUCCCUGGCUGAACGUGAGGAUACAGAACUAGAGGAAAGGGACCGAGAUCAGAACGUGGACCCAUCCAUCAGUCCCAUUGAUCUGGAUCAGAGCAAACUUGAUCCUCUAGAGGGCUUGGAUGAAGCAACCAAAAUAUGUUUCUUGAUGACGCAUGACGCACUCAAUGCACCAUUGCAUAUUCUUCGUGCCAUGUAUGAGCUGCAGAUGAAAAGAACAGAUUCUUUCUUCCUGGAAGUUCAAAAGAGGUUUGAUGGAGAUGUAAUUACAACAGAUGAAAGGAUCCGAACACUGGCCCAGAAAUGGCAACCCAGCAAGCGUUUGAGAUUGGAAGAGCAGAGUUCGAAAGCAGUGGAUACAGACAUGAUCAUCUUGCCAUGUUUGUCAAAACCUGUACUCUGUGAUAAAGCCACUGAGGAAUCCAAUCCCAUUACCCAGAAACUGAUAACCAACACGGAGAGUGAUCUCCAGCUUAGCUAUGCCAAACAGCGUCGCACCAAGAGUUCCAUACUCUUACAGAAAGAGCUGGAUUCCAGGAGCAAAAAAGCUGUGCGGGAUUACCUGUAUCGGGUGAACGAGGCUACUGCUGUUCUUUAUGCCAGGCAUGUACUUGCCUCGUUGUUGGCUGAAUGGCCUGAUGACAUGGCAGUAAAUGAAGAAAUCCUGGAGCUCAGUGGUCCAGCGCACAUGACUUACAUUUUGGACAUGCUUAUGCAGCUAGAGGAGAAGCAGCGAUGGGAGAAGAUCUUGCAGAAAGUGCUGCAUGGUUGCAGUGAGAGCAUGUUGGGAACAAUGGCACUGACUGCCUGUCAGUUUAUGGAGGAACCUGGAAUGGCAAUCCAAGUGCGGGAAUCCAAACAUCCUUAUAACAACAAUACUAACUUUGAGGAUAAAGUUCACAUCCCUGGUGCUAUCUAUCUCUCAAUCAAAUUUGACUCUCAGUGUAAUACAGAAGAAGGUUGUGAUGAAUUAAUCAUGUCCAGCAGCAGUGAUUUUCAACAGGAUCGGCACAGUUUCAGUGGGUCUCUGCAGAAGUGGACUGAUUUUGAGCUUCCAGGAGAUACACUGUAUUAUCGGUUUACCUCUGACAUGAGUAAUACUGAAUGGGGUUACAAGUUUACAGUGACAGCAGGUCACCUUGGAAGGUUCCAGACAGGGUUUGAGAUUCUGAAGCAAAUGCUGUCGAAGGAAAGGGUGGUUCCACAUCUCCCACUAGCCAAAAUCUGGGAAUGGCAGGUAGGAGUCGCAUGCUGCCAGAUUGGGCAUCAGCGUUUAAAGGCCAUCCACCUACUCCUGAAGAUAGUGCAGGGCAGCAGCCACAGUACUCUGAUCAAGGCCUCUGAAGUGGAGUUCUCUUUUGAUGAUACCUACUUUACGGACUGUGACCUCACCUUGUUAAAGCCACUCUGGCAGCUUUUAACCCACAUGGAAAAUAACCUGUGCUAUGACAUGACCAAGCCUGGUGUUCUUCUUCUUCCUCUUCAUCGUGCACUUACGGAACUUUUCUUCGUUACAGAGAACAGAGUGAAUGAGCUUGGAUCUCUGCAGGACUACUUGCUUGCCUUAAAUAGUGAAGAGCAUCUUCAUCGUUGCACAGCACAGGCCUUGAAAAACAUUGCUGCUAUCAGCCUUGCCAUUAACUAUCCAAACAAAUCAACAAGUCUCUGGAAUGUUUAAUACUGGCUCAUGGCUGGAGUGCAUGGGAUAAAAUAGUUUGUCCAUAGAAACCUUGGAACAAACAUCUUCACUCCGUUCAGGAAAAGUUACUUCAGCUUCAGCAUAUGGGUACUCUGCAGCCUUCCUUCCUUCCACUUCGAUGUAGAAUUUGUAAAAGUAAAAGCGCACUUCAAAGAAAAAGCACAUUUUGGAGUAACUCACGCGUCACCUACAGUUACAUACGCACAUAUUGUAGCAUGUUAGAGUAAACAGAAAAGUAUUUUUUUAUUCAGAGAGUGAACGGGCGAAGAUUUCUGAAGUAUGAGAAUGGAGAAGGCCCAGUUCUUGUAUUAUCUGCUCCCAGUAAAACCGAGUGACUAUAUCUGGAAGGGACAGCUUGAAAAGUUUUGCUGAACUUACGCUGGUACCACCAGUAGCAUCCAUUUUUCACUGGAAGUAAAAUUAGUGAAGAAGAAUCUUGGUGGACUGUGUAAGAGUAAAAAUGGCCCCCACUUGAAACCUUCCAUGUUUCACUUUGCUUUGAAAGCCGCUACCCAUGGAGAAAAACCUGCAGCAACUAACUCAGUACUAAACUUUUAGGUUUUAAAACAAAUAUAGAGAUUCAAAGAGCAGUUAAAAGAUUCCGAUGGCAGAGCACCCUUGUGAGAGGUGAAAGCCUCUACUGUUCUUUUUGGUUUGAUCGAUUGAUCUUACCCUACUUUGUCUUAAAUAUGUACAAUGCAUUGUUCUGGUUUAGUUCAGAAACCACAAUGGCUCCCUUGGAGUAGCUUUUGAAGAUGUGGUAUGAGAAGCUGAGGCGCACUGGCUGUGAUGCAUAACUUGUAUGUUUCUCAAAGAUGGCAUCUUUCCAAGAAAUUAUUCAUGGCAUAAUUUUUUCUUAACUCUUUGUUACUGGUGGCCCAGGAGCUCCUUCUGGUGAACAUUGGGAAACCCUGAUUCCCAGCAUCAAGGGAUGAUGGGGGGGUUAGUGAUUAACCCAAUUUAUCUCAUAUAGCAAUAACUGCAUUACUCCUGCUGAAUGUGGAAUAAAUAGCAGACCCCUGUGUUGAAAUAAAUUGGCUUUAAUCUUGCCCAAAUUUGCUGGUUAUUCCGUUUCCAAAGAAGAUUGCAAAGAGCUUAAAGGGUUGUGGGGCUACAUUUUGUGUGUGCUAAUUGCCUGGUUGGUUUUGUUGAAUGUAAAAUCUGCAAAAUUUCUAUUCUGCUUAGAUUUUUUUUUUCCAGAAUGAAACUAUGAAGAAAGCAGAGCCAGAUGCAUCUGUAGUGGAGACUGGAAAGCUGAUCAAAAUGGCAUAAGGACAAUGACUGUGUUGGAACGGAGUGUUGUGUUCACUGGUCUUAUUUGUCCAAAAAGGCCAGUGGGUAGCACUGUCAUGUGUAUAGGAGCCCUGCAUUUGGGAAUAGUUUGUGGAAUGGUGCUCUUCCAGCCACCUGGGACUGGGAGUAUCUUAAAGGCGGUGCUAUUUCCCUCUGGGAGGGAAAUGUGCAACGUGCUUUAGUGUCCCCAUUUUUUGGGUGGUCAUUGGUGCUGCAGCCUUGGAAGUAGCAAGUUGGCUCCUAUUCCAUUAGGAGAAUGCAAGGCCAGUACUGUUGUGGGAGAGAAGUUUAAACUGGAAAGAGUAAACUGGAAGGGGUUAAAAACUGAAGACCCUCAUUGGCACCAGUAGUUGCGAUCACCUUCUUCAGGGGAUGGGAUGGCUCUCUUAGUCAAAGCAAAUCUUAGAGUGGAGGAAGAACUUGUCCUCUGCCCAAGUUUGGAAAGAGGCAGAGAAAUGCAUACUCCUCUGAAAACACGCCUGCAAUAUUACAUAAUGAAAGUUAGUUCCCUCUCCCAUUCCAGGAUGAGAGACUUUUGAGUACUAAACAUGAGAUUUACUUGUCAUACCUUUAACUCCUAGAUAAAGGAAUUUGCAGUCUUAUGCUUUGGUUCCCUCUUCGUGAUGCCUUUAAACUUGUCAGCUGACUGCAGGAGAGGCUAGGAGCUUUCCUGGUCAACCAAAUGCAUGUCUCUUUCUGACAGUGUGAACUCCUACUGGAGAAUCUGGGGUGGGGCAAGGGUUAUUACACCAAAACUAUGGUCCUCUUCUGAAGUCCACUUCAAUGAACAGUGUGUAUUGUAUCAAAGGGUCAGAUGAGCAUUUUAAAACUGCUGCUCUGGGACAAUGUGGAUUUCCUACCCACUGUCUCGGAACGAGUCCCUGGCUAAUUGGUAAAGAUAUGCGAUAGAUUGAUUGUGCUGUAUGUAAGGUAUGUGAUGCGCUGUUGAGAUCUGCCUAUGUUUAUUUACAGAAGGUUUUUUCCUCUUUUUACAUCAGGGUUACAGACUGUACAGAGAUCUGUCACUGAUCCUAUCAUGGCGUUUCCUCAUUCUCGUUCUUUUUCUGUUGCACUGUAUUUUUACUUUCUAUAUAACAAUAUGCAUAAAGGCUGUAAGAAUGACACAGGAGUGGCCAAAAUUACUAUCUAGGCGUACCACUUACUACCCUUACCAGCAGGUCUGCCAGUCAGCCAUCUUGCUCUCAAAGGGCUGCAAGUGGCAUUAGCUGCUAAAUAUUCUUUCCAACCACUAGAUGGAACUGAAGGGCUGUCACCUGGCUUGACACUGAGUCAGUCUUUCACUGCCUUACAACAUGCUGGUUCAUUGUGGGUUUUUAGGGGUGCAAGAAAUAUUGAUUUUUUUUUCUAUCAUGUAAAAAGGGGAGGAGGAGUAAUUAUGACCAAUAGCUCUCUGAAAUCCUGCAGCAGUUCCAAGUGGAUGCAGAUGAUACUGUGGAAUAGACAAAGCUGGCUGGAAAACAGGUAUGCUGAAGAAAAAAAUGUGCCUAAUUAAAAAACGAUUGUGUCCUGAUUCACAGAUGAUGUAUUUAAAACAAAUCACAUUGUUCCUAAUGAUACAUGUGACUUGCUUUCAUUAAACACUUUAAGAGGUUUUUAAUUUUUUUUUCUUACGGGUUUACUACUUUGCAAUUUUUAUCGUUUUUGGUUGUUUGAAAUAGAUCAGACCUUUAGAUUUAUUCCAGUUCAGCUCAACAUGUAACAAGAAAGUUAUAGAUGUGGGUAAAAUAUGCAAAUGAAGAGAAAUAUAUUGUAAAAAUUCUAUAAAAAGUACAACACGG